AUGUGCAUGGCCCUCACCUGCAUUUAUAUGCCGCGGCUCGAGGAAGCAGCUCCGACUUGGGUUUAUUUUGCAAAUCUUUUUCUUCUCUUUUCUUACCAAACACUAGAUGCUAUAGAUGGGAAGCAGGCCCGACGAACAAACACCUCCACCCCACUGGGGCAGCUCUUUGACCACGGCUGCGACGCGUUCUCCACUCAGACAGCAGCAGGCACUGCAGCAGCACUGGCAGCAGCAGCAGCUGCUGCUGCAGCAAGUGUCCGUUUGCUGCAGGUAUUUGCCGCCUUGAGCGUUUUGGGGACCAUCAGAGUUGGGCAGUCUGUUGCUGCCUUUAUGCUCAUAGCCAUUCUCCAGAUGCAGCUUUUCAUAUACACGUGGUGGGAGCUCCACUUCCACGAAUACCGCUGUCACACGGGGAUUACAGGCGUGACAGAAGGCCAGUUUGUGAUGAUGGGCAUGAACAUCAUCAGCCUCGUUUUCGGCCCGCAGAUUUUCACAACAUCUCUCGCUGAUGUGGCUCCUGUCUCGUUUGCGCGGGCCGCGCCGCCGUGUUUGCUGACUUUGCCGCUGCAGGCCUUUUUGGCCUUUCCCUUUUAUUUGCUGCUCGUCGGAAUGCUCACUUCUGACGUUUUGAACGGCUGCAGGCUGGCCGCCAGGCCCGCGAAGGCCAUCUCGGUGAUGUGGGAGCAUCCAGUGCUAUGUUACUGGACAAUGAUUUGCAACACUGCCAUUAUCGCUCUUCGCCUGAACCUCUCAGCCACAUGCAGGAUGGACUUCUCCCCUGUCCAGUGGCCUGUGCUUCCGUUUUGGUUUUGCUGCAUUUGGCUGUACGCCGUGUCGCCGUCUGCUUCUGGAGUGGGGGCGCUGCUGCUGCCGCAGCUGCUGCAGCAGCAGCAGAAGCAGCAGCUGAGCCCCUACAGCAGCGCUGUGCUCGCAGCAGUGCUGCUGUGGAGCUUUUUUUACCUCGUCAGUUUGCUGCGGUCUACAGUUUCCCUCAUUUGCCAACACUUCAAUAUUAGUUGUUUUGGCGUGGGCCAGGUGGCCCGAGCCAAGGAGCAGUAG